UGUAGAUUAAGUCAAUUAGACCUCAGUCGUGGUCAAAUAUCCGGCAACAUGGACGUGAAUAUAUUUCUGUUACUAGUUUUAGUUGCAAAAGUUUCUACUGAAAACGAAACAUGGGCAUCCAACGUAGAAAACUUUUUUAAAGAUCAAACGAAUAAAGUGAAUGAAUUUUUCGAAGAUCAAAAGCGUAGCUUCGAAGCGACCGUCAAUUCCAGUUAUGAAGAAGCCGUAAGGGUCCACAAUACAGUGAAUAAUUAUUUAGAGGAACAAAAGAAAAUAAUCAACGAUGAAGUGAAUGCGUAUGUCGAAGGUGUGAAAGAAACUGGCAGGGAAAUCACAGAUACAUGGUCCUACGUACCCGAUUCAGUUCAGAAAUCAGUCAAUGGAGUUAUAUCUGAUGCACUUUUAUCUAUACCGGCAAUAAUUGCACGUAAUGGUUACAUUUGCGAGACACACACAGUUGUAUCGAGAGGUUACUUCUUAAACAUUCAUAGAAUUCCACGAACUAAACAUGGCAGUGAAGUUCCUUCUAAAACUGUGUUCUUGCAACAUGGAAUAUUCGGGAGCUCUGCAGAUUGGAUAAUAAAUGGUCCUCAUAAAGGUUUAGGAUACGUACUAGCAGAUGCAGGAUAUGAUGUCUGGAUGGCAAAUAUAAGAGGAAACAAGUAUUCAAGAGAACAUUCUUGGUGGGGGAUCGACAGUAAAGAGUAUUGGAAUUUUUCGUGGCAUGAUGUGGCUUUGUAUGACGUGCCCGCUAUAAUAGAUUACAUUAACAAAGUGAAAAAUGGUGACGCGCGUAUUUCUUAUAUUGGACACUCGAUGGGUACUACGAUUUUAUUCGCCAUGUUAUCUCUCCGUCCAGAGUACAAUAAUAUUUUGUACAGUGCCAUCGCUCUAGCCCCUGUCGUGUUUACAUCAGAUGUUAAUUCCUCAUUGACUUCCCUAGCACCUAUUGCUAGUAAUGUUGCAUACAUGGAGAUGAUGUAUGGUGCACAUGAGUUCAUCCCCAAAGAUUCCUUUUUGGGUAGUCUUCCUAAGGCUUGUGAUGUUGCCCACGUGGACAAGUUUAUCUGUAAUCACAUCAUAUUUAAAAUUUGUGGAUAUGAUGAGGCACAAAUGAAUAGUACAAUUCUGCCAGUAUUUUUGGCACAUUUAGGCACUGGCACCUCAUGGAAGACUGCGGUGCAUUUCGCUCAAGAAAUCGUAGCUGGAGGUAAAUUCCAGCAAUUUGAUUACGGCUCUUAUUACAACGAGAAGGUUUAUGGUGCUGAGACGCCACCAGAAUACGAUUUAAGUAAAAUAACAUUGCCAAUUACAUUGUUUUGGGCUGAGAACGAUUUAUUGUCUCGGGAAAAAGAUGUGCGGAAACUUCGCGAAAAGUUGCCGAGUACGACGCAAAUGUAUUUAGUGCCUUAUCCGGAGUUCAAUCAUAUAGACUAUAUAUGGGCGAACGAUGCUCAGACGCUGGUGAAUGAAAAGGUCUUAUCUACUUUAAAGAGUACAUUUGAAAAUGAACGGAAAGUCCUUAAAUUCAAAUUCGGGUUUUAGUAAAUCUUUGUAGUAAUACCUUUUAGUUUAAAUUGAUAUAAAGUUUGGGAGAAUAUUAUGGGAUUUCGCACCUCGAGGGUUUGAAUGAAAUGGAAUCUAAAGAUUUGAAGAAGGUGUAAUUUUAACAUAAUUACUGUGGUGAAUUAUUAUUUGUAUAUGUUAAAAAUUAUGUUUAAUUAAUUAAUGAAAUAUAUUAUUUAUGCAUCAUCUAUAUAAGUAUGUAUCUAUAUAAUAUAAUUUUACCUUUUGCUAUUAAAUUGGUUACACAGGUCAAAAUAAAAGGUUAAAUUGGUAACACUCUGGGUUUGUUGCACGCGUCCGUGUAGCCUUACUUCAGGUUGCAGCUGAAAAUCAGUGCUUUGCUUUUAAGCAAAACUAUCACUGAGCUGUAGCCUUUUUGGGUCACUGCGACACACUUGCUGAAAACAUAUCUCCAAUAUUAAUUUUUUUGUUUUAUAUGUUGUUUUAUAUUUGAAAAAAUGUAAAUAAUCAAAAAAAAAAAAUAAUAAUGUAAAUAAUAUGUAGGUGUAAUACGGAAAUUGAUAAAUGAUCGAAAAGAUAAAUGCAACAAUAAAAGCAAAAUCUUGUUAUAAUAGUUAAUUAUAAUUAAAAUACGUUUUACGAGCACUUAAUUAAUGAAAAAUCUUAUUACGUUUUCAAAAGAAGCUUAUGAAGAAGUUGAACAAGAAAGUCGAUGAUUUUUUUUAUAAAUUUCCCUUAGAUUUGUAUGUAAAAUCAACGCCUAUUUCAAUACUAAUAUUCCUAAUGUGUAUUUUAUUUAAUAUAUUAUUGAAAUAGAAAUAUAUUAUAAUAUAUA